GUCAACGAUUCGGUUCGGCAAUCUUGUGGAACCAUGAAGGCUUUCGUAUCGCUUGCUUGUAUGCUCUCCUGUGCGUCGUCGAUUGCGGCUUCGCCAGUCGGAUCAGAGGCGAGUUGUUAUCUUGCCGGUACCGUCACCGGUAAGCUCUCGCUCCGACAGAUCGACGACAGCCUCACCGUAGAGGGCACGCUGCAAAACGUACCUGUGGGCGUUCACGCUAUUCACGUGCACGAACAUGGGAAACUCGGGAACAAUUGUCUCGAGUCUGGAGGACACUACAACCCAUUAGGAGUUGACCAUGGGGCCAAAGACGACAAAACCCGCCACGUAGGAGAUUGGGGAAACUUCAACGCAACUCAGGAAACGCUCCGACUGUCGAUUACUGACAACGUAGCUAAGCUGAAUGGAGAACAUAGUAUCAUGGGUCGCGCCAUCGUCAUCCACGAGAAAGCGGACGAUCUCGGCAGAGGCGGAAACCCUGCUUCGAAGGCGAAUGGAAACGCUGGGGCUCGUAUCGCGUGCUGCGUCAUUGAGCAGGCGAUGUGAGUCCGACAGAAAGCCGGAGGAAUGAGGGUACCUGAGGCGGCUGGCACUGAUUCGCUAAGCUAGUGUGUACUCCAGGGAGGAGGCAGGAAAAAAUGCUUGACAUUUGUGCUGCAAAAAAUAAAUUUUGAUCGAGAUCCCGCGCUAGCUCAUCUGAACUGUGCGACUUAUCUCGAUUGCAUCAUCUUAAGGCA